AUGGAAAUAACGAAGUCGUUGCGAAAAUUAUUAUUGAGUACGCAAGGCGUGCAGCAUAUAUUCAUCACCGAUAAGGAAGGUAUACCGAUUAUCGGUGUGAAUGAGUCAGGCGAAGAAGAUUUGCGAAAUCGAAUGCAACUUAUCAAUAGUAAUCAGAUCACAUUGGAACAGAUACCCAAAUUAAAUCUUGGCGAACAAAAUUAUGAAUCGACAACUCUAGUAAUCCUCCAAAUUAGCUCGCUCUUUGCAAUCAUUAUUGCAAGUUCUGAAGUUUCCAUUGGUACACUACGAAACCUCAGGCAUCCACUCAAACCGAUUAUUACCGAAAUUGCAAGCGCAGCUGGGUUAUAUUGA